AUGCCCAACUCCUCCUCCUUCGCCAUGGCCUUCCAAACCCUCGUCCCUGUCAUCCGUAUCUACGCCCCACCACGUUUCUCCCCGACCCAUCCGACCCGCCCGCACUGCCCCCGCACUCAAUUCUCCUCAAACUUCCUGCCAUCCCGCCGUGGUACCCCCUCACCCCGCGCUCUCCCCCUCCAAAUCUCCUCCCACUCGGCCCACCCACGCAUGGCUGCCAUCCGCCCCAUCCGACCAAACGCUGACCAACCUUCCCUUGCCGAAUCCCAAGUCACUCACGUCGCCACAGCUCGAGCAAUAACCCCGAUGCGUCGCCCCUCCCAGACAAACGGCCAGGACCCCUCCCACCGCUACACCGAGCAGCCACUCCCGUCCCAACGCCGUUCCGACCUCAUGGCCCCACAGCGCGUCGGAUUUUGGUCCAUCAUCCCGUACGUCGCCGCAUCUGCCGUCCUCGUCGGUGUCGCCUGGUUGGCGAAGAAGCGUUUUGUCGCCAGACAGGAGGACCUUGUCGAUGAGUACGGCCAAGUUGUCGUCUUAUACGGCAACACCCCGGAUACUAAGCGUGAAAUCACCUCUGAGUACAAGCGCAAAUUGGGGCCCGGUAUUUUGCGUGGCGCCAUGUUUGCGAGCUACUUGCGCAACCUCGUUACGGAGAAGACCGUCGUCCCGUCCACUAUCCAGGACGUUUCCAUUAUCAAAGCCUUGCUGAAAAUCUCAGAUGACAAGGCCGUCAAAACCGUCAAUUCCCUUGCCGCAACCCUGAACGACGCUCCCAGUCUUCUUGGAAAGCUUCUAUUCAUCGCCGAACGCAUCGUGUCUGUCGACCACAGUCAACGCCUAUCCCUGAUCCCGCUCUUUCCGUACAGCGCAGGUACCGUUGCCGAUCUUCAGCGAAACAUGCUGGAGCGAUGCUAUCGAGAGUUUGUCAAUGAGCAGAUCGAUGCCAACGACGUCGACGAACCACCUAUGGCAGCAGCAGCUGCCCUGCGCUUGGAUCCCGCUGACGCAAAGGCCCUUUUUGAUGGAGUCGUCCUCGCAAGGAUACGCCGGAAAGAGAAGGAGGCCGCCGAUCUUGCCGCUGCGGAGGCUGAAGAGGCGUCCAAACCGAAUGUAGCAGAGCUUGACUAUCCCGCUCGUUCUGCUCAGCCGGCCAAAGCUGCAGUACAUGCGUACCAGUGCUCGGAUUGUGGCUACACUCUGUUCCCGGCAGCAGGGAGAGAAUUCAAGUUUUACGGCGACGACUUCGUGUGUCCAGCCUGCGGUGCUCCCAAAGAUAAAUUUGAAGAUCUCAACGCCGACAAUCGCGACGAAUAG